CCAAUCCUCAAACCUCAGCUAGCUCACGAACACGAAAAUCAUCGGCGACAGAGGAGAUUUUGGAUCGGUGCGGCGGUGCGGCUGAGCAAGGGCAGCGGCUGGGUUGAGACGAUUUUCCUGCAGCUAGCACGGAGAAGCAACAAUGCUGGUGGCACCGAGCCGGCGAGGAGAAGCAGCAGCGCACUCUUCGUCUGCGGUGGACAACAUCGCCCCCAGCGGCGGGUCUUCGCCUGCUGCGUCGGCCAUCGUCGCGCCGGCUGUGUCCGGGUCGCACGUCGUCAAGAUAGACGGCUACUCCCGCAUCAAGGGGCUUGGCAACGGCAAAUGCAUCGCGUCGGAGUCUUUCACCAUCGGAGGCCAUCGAUGGUGUAUGCACUUCUACCCAGACGGCGAUCGGACUGAAGACGCAGAUUGGAUAUCCAUUUUUCUGUGCCAUACAGAUCGAACUGAUGCUAGUGAAGUCAAAGCAGAGUUCAAGAUCAGUUUGCUUGACCAGGACAGGCAACCAGUGGCAUUGCACGGCAGAUGCAUACACACCUUCUCCAGCAAAGAUUAUACGUGCGGCUUCCGUUGGUUCAUCAAAAGAAAGGACUUGGAGGAAUCCACUUACCUUAAGGAUGAUGUUUUCAGCAUCAGGUUCGAUGUCACCGUCUCAAAGGAGAUCUUCACCGAGCUAAUCCUGCCGCAUGUGGUCGUGCCACCGUCCAACAUGCACCAGCAUCUUGGACAACUGCUCCUGGCCGGCGAGGCGGCCGAUGUUACCUUCGAGGUCGGAGGCGAGACAUUUGCCGCGCACAGGUGCAUACUCGCAGCUCGUUCGUCGGUCUUCAAGGCGGAGCUCCUCGGCCCCAUGAAGGAGAAGACCGCAACUCGCGUUCUGAUCGACGGCAUGGAAGCCAUGGUGUUCAAGGCUUUGCUCCACUUCAUCUACACCGAUUCGCUGCCCGCGAUCGGCGAGGGCGACACGGCGGCCAUUGCUCAGCAUUUGCUGGUUGUUGGAGUUCUAUCCACAUGAUCAAUCACAUCAAAUCACGAUAAACACGCACACGAAAAACUGAUA